CCCGCCUCCUUUCGACAACCGUUUACAUCCCGAAUGCGACCCUGUAAUGUUUUGCUGUCAUCUCGUGCGGGAGAACGUUUGAAAAAAAGCUAAACUUCACAUGUGCGCACGUUUCUGUUUAUCCUCAUUUUAAUUUGAUUGAAUUUUUCGUAAAAUCCGGUGAAUUCUUUGUGUAAAAUUGGCAUAACUUAAUCGGAUAGUGACGGUGAAACGCAAGAAGAUAGUGAUUCUAUUUUAAAGGUUGAGUAUCUGCAGAAAAAUCACAAGCGAUGGUUUACGUUGAGCCAUCAUUUCCACGCGGGCGAAAGGUCGAAACCGACGACGACCACAAACCGCGUAAAAAGUUGAAGAAAUCGGUGGAGUAUGGAGCUUCGACGGCAAAGGAUGAAAAGGCUCACAAGCACCGUCCCAAGGAGCGCCAGCAAGCUCUCCUGGAACAGAUGGAGCAAGAUAAGGAAGAGCUAGAACAGAGCGUCAGCGCGGCUCCACUGCAGUUCCGAACGGCCCAGGAAGGAAUGCUGCUGAUGGGAUGCGUGUAUAAGAUCACCAAAAUGGAUAUUAAGGUUUCUUUGCCGGGAAGGUUGUACGGAACGGUUCCGAUCAUGGCCAUUUCCGAAGCUUACAACAACAGACUGCACAGUUUAGUGCAGAAAAGCCUGGGAGGGCCCGAGGAGCAAUGUCCGGGAUUGGAGGAACUUUAUCAUGAGGGAGAUCUGGUGUACGUCAAGAUUAAGAGCAAACACAGCGAAAAGAACCACUUCGGGCUGACGUUGGAUCCGCAGGAUUUGCACAGCGAGUUAACGUGCAAACAUUUGGUGGAGGGAUUGGUCCUGAGUGCCACUGUGGAAGAAGAGGAGGAUCACGGUUACCAGAUGAAUGUGGGGAUUAGAAAUGUGAGGGCGUUUCUUCCGACGCACAAUGUGCGCAACAACAAGAUGAUCGUGGGCAGGAAUCUGUUCUGUUCGGUGGAGAAGGUCACACAUGGGAACGGUUCGGCGACCGUUGUUCUGAGAGCAUUCAAACCAACGGAACCCCGGAAGUUGGAAGUGGCUCAGCCCAAUGUGGAUUCGUUGGUGCCGGGAUCCGUGGUAACGUUCACUGUUGAAUCAGUGCUGCAAAACGGUUUGCAGGGAUCGCUUUUUGAUGACACAGUUCCGGCGUUUGUGAACGAGAACAUGUUGGAGAAACCGUUGUCCAGCCUCAAGCAAUACGAACUGUUCAAGGAGAUUCCAGCCCGAGUUCUAUACGUGAUGCCACUGACGAAGCAUGUGUUUGUCACGCUGGCGCACUUCGAUGGUAACCGGGCGUCCGUGGCGGAUCCGGUGACCCCGGGGAAGAUCAUUCAAGACGCAAAGAUCAUUCACAAGAGCUUGAACGGGGUUUGGUUCCAAAUCGGCAAGAAACAUAAAGCUCUACUGCCAAAAUACAUCCUAAAGAGCAAGUACAACCAGAACUACGACGAGCAGAUCGUUAUGGCCAAGUACCAGGUCGGUUCCGUGCACACGGUUCGGGUGAUGCGAUUCGAGGCCUUCGAUCGAACCAUAAUCGUAACGGACGAUGAGGAAAAGAUCGAAACCAAGUACUUCACUCUGAACGAUCUCAAAGUUGGAGAUAUCUAUAACUGUCGCAUCACGAAGGUGUUGGACAAAAAACGAGGCUUCUUGGUAUCGCUGGACAACCUCAAAGGGAUUGUUACGGCGUACAACUUUGAGCCCUCGAAAACGUACGCCGCUAAUCAGAUGGCGAAGCUGCGUUUGAUUGGCAUCGACGAAGACAGGAAAAUGGCUCAAUUCACGAACCAUCCCGAAUAUCUGAAGAAAUCCGCCAAGCUGCUCACCUCCCGGGAGGAUGUGAAGCAAGGCCAACGAUUCCUAGGGACGGUCAUCUCCGAGCAGGAAAAGUUCUUCAUUGUAGCGUUCUGCAACAAGAUCACCGCCAUUUGCUUCAAGUUCUGUCGAGCCGUGACCCAGGAUCAGAACCGCAUAUCGCGCCUCAAACCCGGCGUCGUCGAUCGAUUCACCGUUAACGAAGUGUCCGAAGAUGGCUCUCGGUUCACCGUUGUCAUUCCACUGGACGCCGAGAGCGAAAACCUGGGCCACAUAGUGAGCGGAACAAUCACCGGUAUCUACGCCACCGGAGCCGAUAUCUAUCUGGUGAAGGAGAACGCAACCGGAACCGUCCCGCCGGAACUGUUCUCCGACUUCCCCCCGCACAAUGCUCUGUACGCCAGCGUGCUCAAGGAAGGCGAGCAGCUCCGGGUGGUCAACGUGAAGGAGAACGUCUACAGCUGUCGGGAUGUGGAAUACUUCCGACGCAAACCAACGGAGAUCAAAAACGUCAAACUGGGGCAGGUGUUGCGAGCAUACUGCGUCGGAAUGGUACCGAACGAGAAGAAAAUUUGCUUCCGACUGGCCUUAAAAGAUUACCACCGAAAUGUGGUGCUGAAGAUGAGCGAAUUCGCAGAUUCAAAAGAAGGGGUGUCGGCCGAAGUGGGACAGGUGAUUCUGGUGAAGGUGGUGAAAAAGGUGAACAAAGAGGACGGUGUGCUGCUGGUGGUGUCGCCCAAGCUGGAGGAUGUGUGCACAAACGGCGUGGAGGAUCCCAUUCGCUACCUGCAGACGUACCUUUGCGACGUGAAGGAGCUGGUGAAAAGAUUCAAAUCCCACGAUAAAGCCUUCGCUCAGUACAGCGUCGGACAAAGUGUGACCUGUGUGGUGGAAAGCUUCAUCCCCGACAGUGACCAAAUGGUGGUUCGCCUUGGGGAUGUAGAAGACACUACCGGGGCUAAGGGAAUCGCAACCAAGGACCCGAAACGGGACGCCGAGAGUUACUCGCCCGGCGAUUUGCUCGAGGGCCGUGUCGUUUGGGUCGACGUCGAAAAGAAGCUGGUUCGAGUGUGCGUCGUGAAGAAGUACUUGAAGCAUCUGGUGAACGCCGAUGACGAAAACGUUUCCAAAGAGUUACUGGGAACGGAAGAAUCACGGGAAUUCGUGACGUUGUUCCAGAACGGGCACAUUGCAGUGGGUUGUCUGCCGAAGGUGGAUUCCCCCUUGGUCAUUGUGCCUGUUCGGUGCCAUUACAACGAUCUUGGACCAGUGAAAGCGGUUCAGGGAAAAGUUCAGGUUCAUCUUGUCCGAAUCUCUGACGGGCUGAUCCUAGGACUCACCGAAGAACUACACGAAAAAUUCAAGAAUUUCAACUGGGCACCCGCCGAGAGGAAGGACAAAUCCGGUAAAGCGUGUUGGCUGCCGGAUGACUAUGAGGAACCACUUUUGGAGGAUCCGAAAGAAUCGUCUGAUGAAGAGGGUGCCGAUAAGGAGGAUGCUGACGCUCACAGCAAUUCCGAUGGUGAUCAAGAUGAGGAAGUAGCGAAACCGGAAUCGACCGUUCAGGAGUCCAAUAAGAAAUCAAAGAAAAAGCAAAAGAAGAAGAACAAGAAAGCAACACCAGCAGCUUCCGGAACCCUUCUCAAAGUUAAGAAAACCAAUGCCGUCGAAUCACCGGCCAAAGCGCUGAAAGGCAAAAAGGAGAAAAAGAAAGCGGCCGCGAAAAAGUUGAAAGCCGGCAAGCCGUUUGUCAUCAGCCAAUUGGACGGAGCGGAUGACCUGCCGAUGAUGAAACAGAAGAAGCAAGGCGGCAAGAAGAACAAGAAGCAUUUUUUAUCCGAACGCCCGGCUGCCAACGCCCCACCUAACCUGAAGGUCAAGCAGUCGGGCUCCGAGAAGGCUCAACUUGAAAAGAAGGAUAAACUGCAUCAGUUGGCGCAGCAGACCAAGUUCAAGAAAAAGAAGAACAAGAAGAACAAAGUUAGUCAGGUCAGGGAACCUAUUACAGAAAUAGCUAAACCCGUGAAAACUCCUAAGACGGUCGCCAAAACAGGAACUCUACCCGGAGCGGACGGAUUCUGGAGUACCAACACUUCGCUCGGGAAACAAGAUUCCGAUUCCAGUGAUGACGAUGAGCAACCGAUAGUGCAAACCAAGAAGCGCCUCAAUGCGAAGGAGCGUUUCGAGGCGAUGAAACAAGAAGAACAGCGAAUUCGUCAAAUCGAAGACGAACUGGCCGAUGCUUCGGUGGAUCCUCACACUCCCGACCAGUUCGAUCGCCAAGUCCUGUCACAACCGAAUAGUAGUCUGCUGUGGAUCCGCUACAUGGUGUUCCACAUGGAGUCGGCCGAAGUGGAGAAGGCCAGGGCCGUUGCCCGGCGGGCACUGAAAACCAUCAACUUCCGGGAGGAAGGCGAACGGCUCAACGUGUGGAUUGCGUUGCUCAAUCUCGAACUGCGGUACGAAACCGUCGAAACGUUCAAAGAGGUCCUACAGGAAGCCAUUCAGUAUAACGAUGCAUUCAAGGUGUACUCGAGGGUGAUCGAAAUCGUGAUUGAUUGCGGCAAGACCGCGGAGGCACUGGACAUAAUCGAUAUUCUGCAGAAACGGUUCCGGAAGCAGCCGGAAAUGUGGCUCUUGGUGGGUAGUUCUUACUAUAAACUGGGACAGGCCGCCAAGGUUAAGCCGCUGCUCAGUAAAGCACUGAAAUCGUUGGAGACAAAAGAGCACAUCCCGCUAAUUGUAAAAUUCGCCUUCCUACACAACCGCAACGGCGAACGUGACGAAGCUCACAUUCUGUUCGAACAGAUUCUGACGUCCUACCCGAAGCGAACGGACAUCUGGUCGCAGUACGUGGACAUGUUGGUCAAGGACGGCCUGGUCGAUGUGGCGCGGCAAACGUUGGACCGGGCCAUCGCCCAGCGGUUACCGAUGAAGAACAUGAAAACCCUGUACACCAAGUAUGUGGCGUUCGAGGAGAAGCACGGCGAUCGGGAAGCGGUGAAACGGAUCAAACAAGCCGCGGCGAACUACGUCGAGAAACAGCUGAGCUCGAGUGGGGUCACGGUGUAGAGUUUACAUUGUGUUAAUGCUAGGUAAGAUCAUUGGUACCUUACAAAUGAUUAAAGUAUAUUUCGCCUUUAAAUUCA